AUGACGUAUGAGUCCAUGAUCUCCCUGCUCGGGGUCAAAUCAGCAACUUUCAUUUUUAAAGUUCUGUCUGUAUCGUUUGUGAGUGUAAAAGGUUACAAAGAUGGCCCCGAUUUUCCUCAUAUUGUGUAUAUACUUGCAGAUGACAUGGGAUGGAACGACGUCAGUUUCCACGGGUCUGACCAGAUCCCCACCCCCAACAUUGACUCUCUGGCAUACAAUGGGGUGAUUCUCAACAGACACUACACUCAGCCUCUGUGUACUCCUUCCCGGGCCUCCCUCAUGACUGGCAAUUACGCUGUGCACACAGGCCUUCACGAUGCGCUUAAGCCAACUGACAGAGUCGGACUUGGUAUUUCACAGAAGAUUCUUCCUCAGUAUCUGAAGGAGCUUGGAUACUCCACUCAUCUGGUGGGCAAAUGGCAUCUCGGGUUCUACAAGAAGGAGUUUACACCUUUACAGAGAGGGUUUGACUCUCACUUCGGCUACUGGUCUGGAGCUAUCAGUUACUACGACCACAUCGAUGAAAACCCGUACAACUACAGCGGCCACGACAUGAGGAGAGGCUACACCUCGGCGUGUGACGUGGUAGGUCAGUACGCUACAGAUCUGUUCACCAGAGAAGCUGUCCGUGUGAUAGAGAGCCAUAAGCCAGACAGGCCGAUGUUCAUGUUCAUGGCUCACUUGGCCUCUCACGCUGGGAACCAGGGCAAGUGGCUAGAGGCUCCUCAGGACGAGAUAAACAAGUUCUCCUACAUCAGCGAUCCCAACAGGAGGACGUUUGCAGCAAUGGUAUCCAAGCUGGACGAGUCUGUUGGAGCGGUGAUCACUGCAUUAGACAAACGGGGGAUGCUAAAGAACUCGAUAGUUGUGCUUCUGGCAGACAACGGCGCCCCGAACCUGGGACUCUACAACAACUGGGGCUCAAACUUUCCCUGGAGGGGGCAAAAAGCCAGUCUAUGGGAGGGUGGUGUCCGGACCCCUUGUCUCAUAUGGAGUCCACUGAUAACCAACCCCUCUCGAGUGAGCCACACCCUCAUGCAUGUCGCUGAUUGGCUGCCUACACUGCUGAGUGCCGCAGGUCACAAGGGAAGAGUAUCGGGUAUAGAUGGAGUCGAUCAAUGGGAAGCGAUUUCAAGAGGACGCUGA